CUUCGAUGCGCGUCUCUCACACGAUCGAGCAUUCUUCCUGUCAUUCGCGACCCGUCUCUCCUGCUCGCUCACACCAUCAUUUUGAAGUGUUUGGUCGCCGUCUUCAGCAUCACCGCCCCUCCCCCCCCCUCUGUUCAACAGAAUGGUCAGGCGCAGUGAUUCGGGCUUGAUGCCCGAUGCCAAGCCCAAGCCAAGGCACAGCAAGUCUUCAUCCUCCUCCUCACCCUCCAUCUCCCCCUCCACUUCCCUCUCCCUUUCCAACUCGCUCUCCCACACCGCAUCCUCGCUGGCAACUCUCGCAUCCAGCACUGUGACUGCAGAAGCGACGCCCCAUGGCCGCACCAGACUGUCCACGCUCCAACUCUCCGUCUCUGUGCUCUUUCGCCUCGCCGUCUUCAUAUUCUUGCGAUGGAUCCCUACCGGUAUGGCCUCGCCUGCGGUGUCCAUACUGUACGGAGCCUACGUGCUGCUAUGGCUGCUACAAGCAUGGCGCAGCUGGAGCAGGUACUCGACCUCUCCAAAUGGUCGCUCGAUGAAUGGCGUCAAGCAUACAUCCUUCUCAGCUCGGCAGCUGUGGAGACCCUUGGUGCUGGGCAUCAGCUCCCCUCGGGAUGAACAAGGGGCUCGCAGCGCGCUUGCGCUGGGUGCACACACUCUACUCUUCCUCUUCUUUGUCGACGCCUUCUACUCGCCUUAUCUCUUUCCCUCUCACCUCGAGCAUCACUUGCAUUUUGCCCGGACUGGAGCGAUCGACUCGACGAGCGCUACUUUGCACUUUAGAUACCCUUUCCCAUUCGGACACGAAGACCCGCUGAGCGGCAUCAAGACGACACUGGAUGAUACUGUUCCAUGGCUGGGUGGCACGCAAGGCGACCACCAACCCGUGGAUACCCUCGGCCUGACUACUCCUCUGCGAGUCGUAUAUCGCGAAUCCGUCUCUCUGCCCAGUCUGGUUGAAUACUCCAAGGACUACACGGGCGCGAUGCGACGAAAUGCGGGGAUCAAAGCAUGGCAGAGAGGACCGCUACUAUCCAUCUCCCCAAAGACGGACUGGGUAGAUACCGCGAUGCUCUCCUCUUUACUGCCAUCCACACGGUACGAGUACCGCUUGAUCUGGGCGCACAACAAUAGCUUCGCGCCGUUUCCAGAGAUGAGCAGGAGCUUCAUCACAUGGCCCAACGGUAACGAUCCCUUUUUGAGCUCGGCUGCUAGCAAGGGGGUGCCCGUCUCCAAACGAGCAAGAGAGGAAGCGAGGAGCAUGUUGGCGCCGUGGAGAGAGGGUGAUGCAGCGCCUUGGGACGAUCCAGAGCACUUCUCCUUUGCGUCAUCUUCCUGCGUCAAGCCAGACUUUCCUUGGGUCCCGACGCAGUUCUGGGCUUGGUCAUGGGCGUUGAGGAUCAUCGGAAUUGGCAGUGAGCAAGGAGGAUUCGCUUUGCGAAAUAGGAUUCCCGGCUUCGACCUCUUCGCCAAGACGAACAUCGAUGGACUUGAUCGGCCGCGAGUGAGGUUCAUGCUGCAACUUGGCGAUCUCAUCUACGCCGAUGUUCCUCGAUGGGGUGGUCCCGUUCUCGACGCGUACAGAAAACUGUACCGCAAUCUCUACGACUCGGAAUCCUUCCGGCGCGUGUAUGAGCGCAUCCCGGUCAUUGGUAUCUAUGACGAUCACGAGGUCAAGAACAACUGGUCAGGAUUGCAGCUGCUCAAGACGUUCAGCAAGCGCUACGAUACGGAGCGAGCAGAGAUCGUCCAGGAUCAUGUUCAGAUUCCGUCUGUUGUGGGACACGAUGCUGGUGACGAAGCUAUGCCGGCGCAGUCAACAAACAACAUCGAGGAGGUUGAUGUGCACGUCUUGGCAGAGGCUCCAGCGUUCGAGCCAGCGAAGAAAGCCUGGAGAGAGUACGUCGGUGGUGCGAACCCAAAGGCAGCGGCCGAAGAGGAGAAUUACUACGAGUUCAGGUACGGGAGCACGGCGUUCUUCGUUUGGGACACUCGGAAAUUCAGGACUCCGCACGAGCUGCCUGAUGACGCUAGCAAGACUAUGCUAGGCUCAAAGCAGAAGCAGGUGUUCCUGGACUGGAUCAAGAGUGUGAACGCCACGAGCAGCUUCAAGUUUGUGAUCUCAUCUGUACCCUUCAACACGCUCUGGGGCGGUGCGCUGGACUGGGAUGGCAAAGAAGACUCUUGGAACGCCUAUCGGACCGAGCGAGAAGAGCUGCUGGAAGUUUUGCAGUAUGUUCCGAACGUGAUCGUCAUUAGCGGUGACAGGCACGAAUUCGCGUCUGUCGGGCUCAAGACGGCGACCUAUCCCAAGGACGACUAUCCUGUGACCGAAUUCAGCACCAGCCCGCUCUCGAUGUUUUACUUGCCGGUGAGAACAUUCUCACAAGAUCACGGUCUGGGCCCCACUGGUGUGGAAAAGGUGUACAAGUACCUGCCAGAUGGGAACGUGAAGUGGACCGAGUUCGAAGUCGACACGAGGGAUCCUGCCGCGCCGAAAGUGAUUGCCACGGUCAAGAUCGAUGGAAAGGAAGCGUGGAGAGUGGUCGUGGUAGGCAAAGGUGUCCUUACAAGACCGACGUACGCCAUUGGAGACAUCGCAAAGAGCUUCUUGGAGCUUCUCAACUUCAGACCUCGACGAUGGUUCACUUGAAGCGGGUCGCGGCAAAGGAAGAAAAAGAAAAAAAUCCCCAGAAGCUGCCGUUGCGCACGUUUGGCAAUGUUUCAAAAGAUCCUCCGAAGCUUUCGUUGGGCAUGCAAGUGGAUGGGCAACACCUCGACGUGCGCCACGGAUCACCUCACCAAUCUCGGAGAAUAUAUACCUUGCAUCUUUUUUUGGGAAGCGAGCGCUGAAUGUCAAGCUCUGACCGAGGGCGCUUUGCGGAUUCGGCUUCAUGCCCGGAAUUUGGUAGGGCUUUUGGAGGGAAAAAUCAGAUUGCAAGCCUUUCUGGCAGGAUGU